UGGAGACCAUCUCUAUAGAGAUGUCACAACCAAUUGAUACGGAUUUAUCUGAAAUACCUUUGCGAGCGCUGUCUGUCUCCACAAGACAUCAAUUGUCUGAAUAUCUUAAUUAUGAACAAUAUAUUACAACUUCUGAAGGUCUUUGUCGUGAUUACCGCGGAUUAGCACAACUAAUGGAUUUUUCUUACGCCGUCAUCGAGUCUUUGAUGCGAACUAACGAUCCAUUGAAUGGUUUGCUCGACAGAUAUCAAAACAGAAGUGAUUCUUCUUUUGGCAAAUUGUUGCAAAUGUUGGAACAAAUUGAAAGGUUUGAUAUCAUCGACGAUAUGACACCUGUUUUGAUGAAUGACGCAAAACAUUAUAAUAAAUACAAACAAUCAAUACUACCCUCAGUGAAGAGUGAAUCGAGUAGUGCUUCAAGUGGUCUACAAUCAGAUGACCACAAAGUUAUCAUUUAUGACGCAUAUGUUUGUUAUGCGGAUCAAGAUUUUGAAUUUGUUAAGCAAUUAUCUCAAUAUCUUGAGUCGGAUCAAAUUGGGUUUCGUUUGUUUAUCAGAGACAGAGACCUAUGUCUUGGUUCGUGGGCUUACGAAUCCUUUGCAGAAACAAUUGACAAACGAUGUAACAAAGUAUUGAUUAUUUUGUCGCCCGAUUUCUUUGAAUGUCGCGAAUGUGAGUUUCAGACAAUGUUUGCAACGGGUUUGGCUAUUGAACAAAGGAAUCGUAAAUUGAUUCCAAUAAUCUAUAAGAAGUGUGAUUUACCACCAAUUAUACGUAUGCUUACAAAGAUUGAUAUGACUCGAAGUGUAGACACUCAUGACUGGGCGUGGAAUCGAUUGGUUAAAUCCAUUAGUAAUAAUGUUAGCAAUUCAUCGAUUGUUUUUAGACAAAACCAUAGUAAUGAUAAUAAACCAAAUUUACUUCAACUGCCAUCAAUAUCUUCUUCCAAUUCAAUUAACUCUUUGAAAAUAACUUCCAUUAAAACAAUUGACUUACCGUCCAAUCAUGAAGCAUCACCUCAACCAUCAGCUCCACCAUUGAUUUCUACUCAAUCUUCUAUUAGUUCCAUAAGCAGUGACAUAUCGAUCAAAUCAGAUAACUCUGAAUCUCUUCCAAUAAUGAACGCACAAAAGCAUAAAAAUAUGAAACUACUUAAUCAUAAGAAAUGGAUUCAAUCAUUAAAGCAAAAGUUUAAAAAUUAA